UACUCAAUAAGUAAAAGUAGUAAUAUUCUUAAUAUAUAUGGAAUAUCCCAAAAUCCAGAUACAAAAGAAUAUAUUAUGGUUCUCCAAUAUGCAAAAGAAGGCAAUUUUAAUAAAUGGAUAAAUGAAAACUAUAAAUUUUUUAAUUGGAGGGAUAAAAUAUCUGUAUUACUUAAUAUUGUUAUUGGUCUUAAAGAAAUUCAUCAAAGAAAUUUAGUUCAUCAUGAUUUUCAUACAGGAAAUAUAUUAUUUUUAGAUUUCAUAAGUAAUUUUAGUAACUAUGUAUUAAUUUCAGAUAUGGGAUUAUGUGGAGAAGUUGAUAAUUUAGAUGAAACAAAAAUUUAUGGAGUUAUGCCUUAUGUGGCUCCUGAAGUAUUAAGAGGAAAGCCUUAUACUCAAGCAGCAGAUAUCUAUAGUUUUGGUAUGAUAAUGUACUUUGUAGCAACUGGAAGACAACCUUUUGGAAAUCAUGCACAUGAUUAUGAAUUAGCAUUAGAUAUUUGCAAAGGAGUUAGACCUAAAAUAAAUAGGCAAGCUAAAGUACAUUAUAAGACUUCACUCAAAACUUAA